GUCAUGGCGGACAUGUGAAAGUUCGUGCUGACGUCUAUUCCAACCUAGGAAGUGUUAUGAACAGCUGAUCGGAUCGGCAAAGCGUGUUUCUGGAAUAUUAUGUUUUUGUUGCUGCAAGCGCUUUUUAUGCAGUUUUUGCAAAGCUAUAUGUGGAAGAAAACCGUGACCUAGGACAAGCUGAUGGCAUAAGAUACAAAAUGAGUGGAAGAGGAGAUGGAUCACACAAUAACCGUAAUGGCCAACAGGUUAACCCAGAAAAUCUUCCAAGCGGAGAUCAGGAACCAGCUUAUGAACCUCAUGGUGGACGCCUUGGCUUACUGAACAAUCUUUAUCGUGUUCUCUGUAAUAUUUUUUGGAGGAUGAAUGAAUUAUUAGAUGAAUUAUAUGCAUCAGAUGAUGACCUUGGCAUUGACUUUGACAAUGUCAAUGACGGCAAUGUCAACAAUGUAAACAUUCCCAAUAUUAAUGUAAGGGACAAUAAUGCCAAUGAACUGCAUGAUGAUCAAAAUGCUGUUAUUGUUGGCAUUGAAAAUGAGGAUUCUGAUGAGGCAUUUGAAGACUGUGAGGAUGUUCACCAGUACAUCCCAGAAGAGGACCCUCAGCCAGGUGUAUCCAGGAGGAGGUCUAGAGAGAUGGAUGAAGAAGAUGUGGAACCAAGCAAAAGAAUCAGAUGGAGCGAGGAGUUUUCUGAUGACGACUCUGACUUCAUCUCUGCUUGUGACACUGAUAGCGAGGGCUGUCCUCAUGUUGGUAAUAUUGCUGAUGAGGACAUCAAAGAACCGCUGCCUGGUGGAUCCACGAAAAGAUCCAGAGAGGAAGAUGUAGAUGAAGAAGACCAUAAUAGCAAAAAAUCCAGGCUUUCAAACAGUAGUGAUGAACUUUUUGAAGAUGCACUUGAAGAGCUUGACAACCAUGAAGCUGGAGGCUCGAGGAAGCGGUCCAGAGACGAUUUUGAGGAAGAAGAGGAAUAUGUGCGUGUUUGCAAAUUUCGGAGGAGUUCAAAUGAGUCCACCAGCACCAGUGAUGACAACUAACACUAUUUCGACGGGUUUUUUCAGUAUCCUUUUAGAAGGCUGAUGGCCUACUCAGCUGACUCUUAAUCUUCCUCCUAUUGUUAUGCUGCAAUAAGCUGGGCAUACACUGUGCGAUUUUUUUUCAGUUGCGUUAUUCAGCUACUGCUCAAACUGCACGAUUGACUCGCAGGGGUUCGUAGGUCACGAUGCAGGGUCUCACGCUAUACGGCCCGAUGCU